AUGACUUCAUAUCAAGUUGAACGUAAUAAUGAUUAUUAUAAAAAAAUCUUAGAAGACAAUCAUAUAUAUAUUCCCGAUCGAUAUUAUCAACCUUUGGUACAAUCUGGUUUAAUAGAACAAUUGACUCAUAUAAUUCUCAAUGUAAAUGAAAAAUUAUUGAAUUCAAAACGUCCACGAUAUAACACUGAUGGUGAUGAUAAUGAUGAAUCUGAUCAUAAGUAUCGACGAAUUUUAGAAGAAAUUAAUUCAUCAGUAUCGACUACAUCAUCAACAUUAUUAUCAAUAUCACCAACACCAACAUAUACUGAACAUAUGAUUGUCGAUGAAGAUUUCUAUCAAAAAGAAAACAAUAAGUAG